AUUUUCCCUCAUUGCGGAGUUCCGAGCCGGCUAACCCGGAAGGGGAAACGGGUCCGGUUUGACCCCCCCCCCUCUCCGGCCGGGUGACGCGGUGACAAUGGCAGAAGCUGCAGGUUCAGGGAUUCUGUUCAUUCUGUUCAUCGUGGCUUUGCUGACUGGUACUCACGCUGUCACUCUGAAGCACUAUUUGUCUGAUUCUGAUAUUGAAAGAUUAGCACAAACUUUAGAACAGCCUUUUAUAAAUUUGGAGAAUGCCUAUUACACCAUAGUAGGCUUGCAAAAGCUGGGAAAAGAGGUAGCAGAUGAACAGGCAGCGUGUAACUUUUUAAAAUCACAAGUGGACUUUGGAAGUGUUGAUUCCCUUUUUUAUGCUGCUGAAGCAAGUCAAGCUCUACGCAAUUGUGAGAUUACAGUCAGCAAUGAAACCAGAGAUUUUUUGUUAGCAACCGUGAGUGAUGAUUCUUCAAUUACCCAGAUUUAUCAUGCAGUGGGAGCUUUGAGUAACCUUGGCCUUCCUCUGGCAUCUCAAGAGGUUCUCAAAGCCCUUGCAGCUCACAUAUCUAAAGAUGAUGCCUCGUUGGGAAUUAUCCAUGCACUCUUGGCAGCUUCUUACCUUUCUCAGCAGGCUGAUCUGAAGAGCAUUAUGGAGGAGAUUGAGGAUCUGAUUGCCCGCCUUGAUGACCUGGGGGGUAUUUAUCUUCAGUUUGAGGAAGGGUUAGAAACCACAGCAAUGUUUGUCACUGCGGCCUACAAGCUCUCUGACCAUGCUGGAAUGGAACCAGCUAUCAAAGAGGAUCAAGUCAUUCAAUUGGUUAAUGCUAUUUUCAGUAAGAAGUAUUAUGCCACAUUGUCGGAGGCUUUCAGCAUUGCCUGUGCGGCUGCAGCUUUAUCCCAGAACCAUCAUCACGUUCCAGUUAUUGUAGCACCUGAAGGAUUAGCCUCUGUUUCCCAUAAGAAGACCAAUCUGAAGUUGCGUGUGAUGAAUGUCAUGUCCCAGAGUCUGACUUCAGCUGAUGUUCAACUUGAAUAUGCCAAAUCUGUUUUGACAAAGAACACAGUUCUUCAGCAAACAUCUUUUACCUUAAAUGGUGAUGUUUUUGAAUUGAAUUUUAUGGAGGCAAAGCCACCAAGUGGAUAUUACGAUUUCUCUAUUGUUGUGGAUGGAGAUAACCGAUUUAGGGGAAAUCAUGUUGAGCUGAAAAUCAAAGUUGCCACUGAAGUUGGGAUUACAAAUGUUGAUGUUUCCAUUGUUGACAAAGAUCAGAGCAUUGCACCAAAGACCACCAGGGUGAUUUAUCCAGCACAGGCCAAGGGUGUUAUUACUGCUGAUAGUCACCAGAACUUCGCCUUAUCUUUCCAGCUGGUUGAUGUAAACACUGGAGAUGAGCUUACUCCACAUCAAACUUUUGUGCGGUUGUACAAUCAGAAGACUGAACAGGAAGUGGUGUUUGUGGCUGAAACGGACAGUAAAAAUGUAUACAAGUUUGACCUGGAUGUGACAGAAAGAAAGUCUGAAUUUAAUUCGGUCUCUGGAACCUACUCACUCUUUUUGAUAAUUGGAGAUGCAACACUUGAAAACCCAAUUUUAUGGCAUUUGGCUGAUGUUGUGAUUAAGUUUCCUGACGAGGAGGCUCCAACCCCAGUACAGUCUCGGAAUCUCUUUGCCCCCAAGCCUGAAAUUCGGCAUCUCUUUAGAGAACCUGAAAAGAAACCACCGAUUGCAGUCUCCAAUACUUUCACUGCCCUUGUUUUAGCACCCCUCCUGUUGCUUAUCAUUCUGUGGAUCAAAUUGGGUGUCAACAUCUCUAAUUUUACCUUUUCACCAAGUACUAUUAUCUUCCAUUUGGGUCAUGCUGGUAUGUUGGGACUGAUGUAUGUAUACUGGACUCAACUGAAUAUGUUCCAGACUUUGCAGUAUCUUGCUGUGCUUGGCAGCAUCACUUUCUUUGCUGGGAACAGAAUGUUAGCUCAAAAGGCUGUGAAACGGAUUGCAGCAGAACAAAGCAGUAGAUUGGCAAAAUAUAGGACUCUUCGGUAGAAGGGUUUCUAAUCAACUUAACCCAAAUCGGGGAAGCAAUAGAAGCCCUUGAGGAAAACCUGAAGAUGAAAGCUACUUCUAAAGCCUGAAGAUGUGCCACCAGAUUUUUUAAAAAAUUUGAUUGUAAUUUCCUUUCUUGAAGUGGUGAAGGUGGUUUUUAUUUUAAGUGCACUGACUUUUUGGCCCAUGUGAGACACCUCUGAGAUUUGCAAAUAAUUGACUACACUUCAAAGUGCUGGCUUUCCUAUUGGCUGUCUCUGAUGGUGCAUGUUUUGUAAUAUUAAUUUGUUUUCUGCAAUAAAUCGUAGCAGAAAAUGA